AUGCAUUCUCUUGUAAACUGUGCGAAGCCUUCCAAUCGUAAUCGAAUUCGAAGCUUGCACACUGAGGCCGCUUCGAGAUCUGGUGAAAUUCACGUGAUUGUGGGCCCCAUGUUCGCUGGCAAGACCACUACGCUUCUCAGGAGAAUUAAGCUCGAGAGCAGUAAUGGCAGAAAUGUAGCGAUUAUAAAAUCAAACAAGGAUACUAGAUAUGCUGUAGACUCUAUUGUAACACAUGAUGGAGAGAAAUUACCGUGUUGGCCCUUGGCAGAUCUGUCUUCAUUCAGAGAACGACUGGGUCCUGAAGCAUAUAAUAAGCUGCAGGUGAUUGGUAUCGAUGAAGCUCAAUUUUUUGAAGACCUAUAUGAAUUCUGUGGCAAAGCUGCAGACCAUGAUGGCAAGACUAUCAUAGUUGCUGGUUUGGAUGGUGACUAUUUAAGGAGGAGCUUUGGUGCAGUGCUUGAUAUAAUUCCUAUAGCCGAUUCUGUAACUAAGUUAACUGCACGAUGCGAGCUAUGUGGUGAGCGUGCUUUCUUUACUUUGAGGAAGACAGACGAGACUGAAACAGAACUUAUUGCUGGGGCAGAAGUAUAUAUGCCUGUGUGUCGGAAGCACUAUGUGAGUGGGCAAGUGGUCAAAGUGGCUGCAAGGACGGUCUUCGAAACUCAGAAGGGCACUAUCCUUCUGUUGAGAUCUAUUGGCGUGUGUUAUUACCGCUGUUGCUUAUCCUUGCUCCCAUGCGCUGGUGCACUUUUGUUCUUUGAAUGGAUUUGCCUAAGAGAGAUUUUCAUGCUUGGUCAUAUGAAAUGCUUGCCUUGUCAUCUAGGGUAUAAACUCAGGGAGGAAGACAUGGAGAGAAGCAGAGGCAGCGGUGGAAGAAGAAAAAGUCCAUAA